CCAUUUGUUUUCAUUUUUGACAGUAAACUCAGUGCACAGACAGAAGGAAUGUUUACAGAUACAAAACAAAUACGGCUAUACAGACAUGAUAUUGUGAUGUGAUUAGAAUGAUUAUGUAUCUGUUGUUCUCGAUAAAGCGUUGUUUUCAGCUGUCAAUGGACUGUUUAUGAUGAAACUACCAGAAAGUUCUGUUGUACACGUACAUGUACACUGUUAUAAAUAGAAAUUGCAUACAUGUAUUGCACAACUACAUUAAAGCUUAUAAUGGCAACAUUUUUGAGCUUUUCACGAAUCUAUUCAUUUUAACAGUUGUUCAACCAUCAACCGUAUACAGUUCUUGGAUUUGUAUACUUAUACGACCGCGGAAAUUAAAAAAAUGGCAGACACUAUUAGAUGUGGAAAGGAAGACAAGUACGCCGACAGGCUUCCUAAACGACUGUGUUACAUUUUGCGGUAUGGGGCAGUUAAGGAGGGCCUCACAGUUCAUGAAGGAGGUUACGUUGACAUCAAGGACGUUAUGAGCGUUGGGAUGAUGCGACACCACAGCGAACCGGAAGUUCUGGCGGAAGUGGAGACGUCCCUAAGCCACCGAAAGACGCUCAGGUUUGAGCGGAAGGAUGAGGUUGGACGGACGCUUGUCAGGGCGCAGUUUGGUCGAAACUUCGAGUCGAGCCCUUUCCACGAGGGAACCCAGGUGCGGUCCCUCCUACAGACCACCCUGGAGUACAUUACUGACAACCUUCAGGAUUAUGACCUACAAGAUUUCCCUGAUGAAUUCUUGCUCAGUAAGAUGAUAUCCCAGCUCAAGCGAAAAAAGAAGCUCAACUCAAAAAACUUUAAAGCUCUUCUGGUACCGGCACUAGAGCACUUAGACGUCUCUCAAGAUGUGUGUCUGACCCAGUCGAUGCUAAAGACAAUGUGGUCGAACUGUCCAAACCUCAGGGUACUUAUUUUGAAGGAUUGCGGUUACAUUGUCACCGACAGCGUAGUGGAGACAUUAUUUAUGAAACUACACAAGCUGGAAUCAGUAAGUUUAGCGGCGUGUAAACAUGUGACAGACAAAGGGGUUCGUUCAAUGAUCAAGUAUGGGGCCAAUCUACAGGAGCUAAAUCUCAGCUUCAUUCGGACGUUUUCAGACAGUGCAAUAGUGGAUUUAGUGUGUAACUGCGAGCGAUUACGUCACCUUGAUAUUUAUGACGUCACCCUUGGGAAGGAGAGUCGUGCGGUUAUCAUAGAGGCGGCCCGACAGAGGGGGGUAAAGGUUGUUUUGAAAGGCAUCUUGGAAUCAGACCCGGACGUGACGCUAGAAAACCCUAGCAUGAUGCUACCGAAUUUCGGAAAAACUUGGUAGUACAAGGGCAGUGUGUAGAAGUGAAAUUGUGUUAAAAGCUGCACUCUCACAGAUUGAACGUUUUGACAACUUUUUCAUUUUUUGUCUUGAAAUGAGCAAGUUUUUGCGUAUAAUUGUCAUAUUUCCGUUCCAAAAUUAAUGUUUUAUGGCUAAAACCGUAACGGUUUAAGAAAAAUGCAUAAAACAUCAUUUUUUUAACUUAAAUAUAAAAAUUUGCAAUCUUAUGUUUUGUCAGCAGUCUUAUAUAACUGGUUUCCAUGGAUUUUCGCAUAAACUGGCUCGUUCCAAGACAAAAAAAAGUUGUCAACACGUUCAAUCCGUGAGAGUGCAGCUUUGAAGUGGCAAAGAAUAUUCUAUUACUAUACGGGUCCUAUCAAAUUUAGCGUGUACAUGCUGAACAGUCGUAAUUUAAAAACAACAACUGCUGCUGAUGUUAAAGAUUGUUAUUAUGACGUUGCAAGCAUUUUGUUAUAUUUUUAAUGGAGGGAUUAAUUUGUAUUCAUAAUAUAUUCAAUAUUUCUUA